AUGAGUAAUGUGAUGGUAGCAUUGCCAGCAGGCAGGAGUCUGUCCAAGGACAACAGAGAGCUGGCCAGCAGCAUGCUGGAGAUCAUGGCAGUGAUGAGAGUCAAGUCUCUGGAGUCAAAGAAGAAACAGCUUCGCUACAGAAGUGUCCUCAAACAAGAGAUUUCCAAACUGCAGAAUGUCAGUGACUCCUUGUUGAGCCUGGACGAUCCAGACACUGCAGAGGAAAUAAUAAAACAAAACCAGACGUUGCUGAACUUGACCCGAGACAUUGACCAAUCAGCAAAGGAGAUCAGUAUCCUGCAGCUGAAGGUGAAGGAGGCAGAGAAGGAAUUAGAGGUCAUCCGUCAGCAGCAAACAAACUUGGAGAAUAAGCUGUACCCUCGAGCCAGGUAUGCAGUCAACCUGCUGAGGGAAGUGGGUAAGGUGACCUGGCAGAUGGGACAGUCGUCUCCCCUUGAAGUCAAGGGCUUCAUCCGUGGGAAAUCCUGCGUCAAGGCAUUUUGUUUUGAUGUGCAGAAGCAAUCGCAUUUCUUCAUCACCAACAGUUUGUGGGAGAUGGGUGAAGAGGAGGUCUGGUGA